UCUCUCUCUCUCUCUCUCUCUCUCUGCUCAGGAGUUAGAGUCACUUCUCUCUUUUUCUUUUCUCUCUCUUCACUCCUGCAGGAAACAUGCUGCUGGUCUUUGGAUUAAAGUCGCUGUUUGUGUAUCUGCUGCUGUUUCCGGCCGCGCUGCUGUCCGGGGGCCGAGUUUACGCAGAACCCGAAGCUGAAGUGACAGAUGAAGCGUCAGACGCAGCGGUGGAGGAGGAGGAGGAGGAUGAAGAGGAAGAGGAAGUUCUAGUGGAAGAACCUCAGACAGGAGACGGGGACGACGCUGAGGAUUUAGAUGAAGAUUCCCAAAGCGCAGAUGUGACGUCUCACCCCGAUGCAGACACCACCAUCAUCUUCAUCACAGGAGAAGAGUUUCCAGCCAAUGAGAUCGUGAAGUUUCUGGUUGGUUUCACUAAUAAAGGCAGUCAGGAUUUUACAGUUCGCUCUCUCGAAGCCUCGUUCCGUUACCCGCAGGAUUACCAGUUCUACAUCCAAAACUUUACGGCUCUGCAGUUGGAGGCCGUGGUGCAGCCGGAGAAACAGGCGUCGUUCGAGUACUCGUUUAUUCCCGCGCAGCCGAUGGCCGGUCGUCCGUUCGGUCUCGUCAUCCUGCUCAACUACCACGACUCUGAGGGAAAUGUUUUCCAGAGCGCCAUUUUUAACCAGACGGUGACGAUCACUGAACUGGAUGAGGGUCUGGACGGAGAGACGAUGUUCAUGUACAUCUUCCUGGGCGGUUUGGUCUUCCUGAUGCUCUUCGGCUUGUAUCAGGUCCUGGAGUCUCGCACGAGGAAGCGAGUUCCGGUGAAGGUUGAAACAGGCACAGGGGGGAUGAACGAUGUGGACAUUAGCUGGAUUCCACAGGAAACUCUCAACGCCAUGAAUAAAGCGUCUCCGAGAGCUUCACCAAGAAAGCGUGCCAGGAGGACGGCUGGUGCUACAGAUCAGUAACAACAACAACAACAACAACAGCAACAACAACAACAGCGUCAUCACAUUUCAGCAGUUUUACCUCCUACAAGUUCAUUUCACUCUCACGGUUUCCAUAAAUGGACUGAGCGAAUGUUAAAACUCUUCUACUAAACAUUUCACAAAUUUCUGAAGAAGUGUCGCAGCAGCUCCACUGCAGUUCUGAAGAAUCUUCUAAACAGGAACGAGAAGAUAUUAUCAUGGGCUCCAUGUCCAACCGCAGAGCCAUGCAAAAGCUUGUGCUAAAAUAUAACAGCAGAGUCGUGUUGUGCUAUUUAGUGCAGUAGCGUUCCGUUUAGGACGCAGCCCAUGGAGCAGUGUUAAGCUUUUACACCACACGCAGGAGGAAAAACACUUUACUGUGAUGUUCAGGUGUUUGUUUCAGUUUCAGGUUUAAAUAUGAACAAAUUUAACUCUUAAAGAAAGACGAUUAAAACACAUUAUUAUAAACACUAAGUUUUCCUACAAAUACCCAAACGAACGUAAGUGUUCAGAGUGUUAAUGUGCUCCUGUGACAGGAAGUGCUCACAGCGCUAAACUGGCGGCUGUUAGCGUCCGUUAUUUGCUAGCUACAUUAGCCUCGUAGCUUCAUUGUAAAACUAGAAGCAACAUUCACACACUGAACACGUCUCUGACUUUUAAUUUUAGACCAAAAAGACAGAAAAAAUGGACCAAAGUCAUGUUACAAGACCAGAAUACUGAAAAUGAAUGACAUUUCUCCAUUUACAGUCCUCUCAUUAUUAUUAUUAUUAUUAUUAUUAUUAUUAUUAUUAUUAUUAUUAUUAUUUGAGAGAUAGUGCCAUAAAAACCCGUCACACUGUGAAAUGAACGCAGCGUUGGAACUGUGUGUGAUAAAAAGCUCAGAGCCGCUGGUGCUUGUGAAACGUCUGUCUGUAAUAAAGUGAGAACGUUUGUA